AUGGAUAUACCGAAAAACCUGCUACGAAAUAGCUCUUCCCACUCACCUGGCGAUGAAGCGGCUUAUGCCUCGAACACCAAGACUGAUAACAAGGAAGAUGGUAAUAUCCCCAUGCAAAAUGCCGCUCAACUUACAAAGACGAAUACCCAGGUGAUCUCUGCAACAACUGCAGGUACUCGAGCGGUGCUGUACCAGUUUUUGUCUCUAUAUCUAAGAACACCGGCCAAGCUGUUCAGACCAUCAAGAUUCGACUACCUGGCAACUGCUCGGAUUUUGCUUCAAGACUCACUCAAAGCAAGACCAUACAAUUUCUUCUCGCAUUCUGGAAUUGCGAUGCUGGUGAAUGCUGUUAAGAAGGAAGGCUGGAAGUUUAUACCGUCCCAAGUCUUGCCUCCCAUCAUCGCCAACUCAGCCACGGGUGUGGUUUUGUACACCACCUACCUCACAUCUCUUCAAUACUUCAAUGGCUUUGGAAAUGCAACUUUGGAGAGCCCGAAUCCCAUUGAUACCUUCAGAGCCGGUUUUUUGGCUGGUGCGGCUCAAUCGUUGGUUGCGGCCCCCAUUGAUGCAAUCUAUGCCAGAUCCAAUGCCUCGGAAAUAAUAGGAGGAAAGCACGAGAACCUGUGGAAGUAUGGUAUGUACAAGCUCCAGCAGAUUGGACUGGUGGGUGUGUUUGCUGGAUUUGGUGCCAGUUUCGUAAAGGAAAGUUUUGGGUUUGCAGCUUACUUCUCCACCUUCGAGGUGAUAAAGAAUCAGGGUUACCAUAUGACUACAAAAUGCAUUAAUUGGUACGAUUCGGCAAAGGCUUAUGUGUUGAAACGUGAGCCAACUCAUCUGUCAGACGAUUCCAAGUCAGCCCGAAUUUUGAAAACCUCGUUCAUUCUCUUUGCCGGUGCUACUGCUGCCUUCAACCUUCUUGCCAUUCAAUACCCCAUCAACAAAAUCCAGAACAUACACCUGGCGAGACUGGAGGCACUGGAUAUCUUCAAUGAGUCAACACACCAGCGCAGACCCUUCAUCAAGCUCUACUACAAGUCGUAUCUGGAUACCAUAGAGCAGGUGCUUUACAUGAAGCAGAAGUCAACUCUUACAUGGGUAGGCUGGUGUUACAAAGGUUUUGUGUCCAAUGCUUUAACCACAAUCCCAGCCUCGUCCAUAGGUCUUCUGAUAUUCGAGAUCACCAGACAAAGACUCAGCACGGACCUGGAAUCCUCGCUGAGGAUGAAGCCAUGA